UAACUAUAAUAACACUUUUUUUACAGAUUUCUUAUGAAGACCUUCCUCAUUUGGGCCCAGAUCACCAGAAGACAUUUUCUUGCCGGGUCACCGUGGGAGAAAGGAGUUUUAAGGAAGGCUCUGGAGCUACAAAGGUUGCGGCAAAAAAGAACGCUGCAUUACAUGCUCUUGAAGGCCUGUUCAACAUGCCUGUUGAAUUAGCUCACAAACCUGGUGCUGGUAGCAGUGGAGGUGGAAUGACAGUUGAAAGGCAUCCAGUGAGCAUUCUGAAUGAAUAUGGACAAAAGAAAGGUGUCAAGGUUGAGUUUGAAGACCAGGGUCAUACAGGACCAGACCACUUCAGGACUUACAACUUCAGAGCUGUUGUUGGCGACAUGGUCUGUGACAGUGGCAUGGGCCGUAGUAAGAAGGACGCUAAGAGGGAAGCAGCAGCCAUUGCCCUCAAGAGCCUGGGUUACCAAGUCACCUCUGAACCAAAUAAGUCAAAUCCUGUCCCUGUGCAGAAAUCUUUACAUGAAAUGGAAGUACCCAGAACACCUUUAACAGACGGUAAAAACAGCAUCAGUGCAUUGUAUGAACUCUGCCAGGCGUAUCACUUCCCGCAACCAGAAGCACAAGAAGUGCGACCUGAAGGAAAUUUAGACCCAUCUUACCACUACUGUGCUUACAAAGUUGGUGAGGAGCUAUACAAUUGGGGAGCUGGGAGGACCAAGAAGGCUGCAAAAGAAUCUGCUGCCCAGUAUGCCGUGGAUUCCCUUUUGAAGCUAAAGGGGGUGCACCAGCUGUACAACCCAGGGACCACCACUGAAGGGGACAAGAUUGCGGCCCUUUGUUGGAACCAUCUGUCAGGUCUGAGUCGUGAGGCACCAGAAGGGUGGAGGUUUGCUGGGUACAAGGUGAUUGCGGGGUUUGUGAUGCAGGACGGCGAUGAUGAUCCUUGGACUGUAGUGAGCCUUGGAACUGGAAACAAGUGCAUUAGCGGGGACCAGCUGCGCAUGGAUGGAUCAACAGUGAAUGAUUCUCACGCUGAAGUUAUCGCGCGGAGGAGUCUGAUAAAAUUCCUCCAUUAUCAUUUAACAAUCCUGCUGAGCGGUAAAACAGAUGUGAAGAGCAUCUUUGUGCAAAAGGAAAGACAAGGAAAGAUUCAGUUGAGAGACGGAAUCAAGUUUCAUCUUUAUGUCAGUACAGCUCCUUGUGGAGAUGCGGCCAUCUUUGUGAAUGAAACUGUUAGCAGCACUGAUGACUCAAGUCAAACUAAGGCAGUGUUUGGUUCCAAACAACAAGGUUUGUUGAGGACAAAGGUGGAGAAAGGAGAAGGAACCAUACCACUGGAUCCUCAGGAUGGUAUUUUGACCAUUGACGGAAUCCGGCGUGGCCAGAGGUUGCGAACUGCUUCGUGUAGCGACAAGAUAGCCAAAUGGAAUGUUUUGGGCGUUCAAGGAGCUCUUCUCAGUAUCCUCAUUGAACCAGUGUACAUCAGCUCCAUUGUACUUGGAAAGCUGUUUCAUCUAGGACACCUCAGCCGUGCCGUCAGCAUGCGCGUUGAACUUGAUAAUGACAACAGCUUUUCAAACCAACUGCCCGGCUCUUACCAUGUCAAUCAUCCUAAACUGGAGGCGGGGCACCUUGUUAAUCAGGAUCACACGCGUGAGAUUGAAACAAAGUGUAAGACCAAGAUGUUGUCAUUAAACUGGUCUGUUGGACAGGACACUUCAGUGGAAGUAUUUGACGGAUGUCUGGGUAUGGCUCAAAACAAAAUGUCCAAGCCCUCUCGGCUGAGUCGCCAGGCCUUGUACGCAAGUCUUAAGGAGGUCGUCAAGCAUAGCCAAGACCUUGGACAUCGACAAAUCCUGGACGCACAAACAUACGGUAAUGCAAAAGAGCUGGCGACAGAUUACCAAAAGACGAAAUCAAUGCUCUACAAGCGCCUGCAGGAGACUGGCUAUGGACCUUGGGAUUUGAUGAAGAAACCACCAGAGUUGAGUCACUUUAAUUAGCUGGAUAUAUUGCAGUCAUGUUUGUGUGUUUAUUGUUGAUUCACAAGAGAUUUUAAACAGAAAACGACAUUAGUUCAAGAUAGCUGAACCAAAAACGAUCCUCAUUGUAUUUAACUGUCUUUGUUCCCUUCCUUGUCACGUCAGUAUCUGAAGUUUAUAGCUGAAAAUGGGUCGGACGCAUCCCAUUCAAUUCUCGAGCUGAUUAAUACUUUCAGAUCAAAAUUUCGUGAGGUUUCAGCAGGUUUUAACACUUAUGUUUGGUGUACAUUUUUGACAGAUUUUAAUAAUUUUAAACAGGUGUAAUAUAUUUGAGAUGUGCACAGUAGUUCAUGGUUUACACGGUCGAAGACCGCAAGAAAGUUUAAAUAUUAGUAGCAUGCGUCUUGUAAAACACCUUCAGUAACACGAGAGAAAAACCAACCAGGGACAAUCGGGAAGUGACUUGAAACUUGAGGGGAUCGUUUUCGGUAAAUCUUCCUUGAAACCGUCGUAGUAUUUUUUUUUUUUCGAUUAUCAUUGUCCAAUCAGAAACAGGUACUCCGAUUUGUUGUCACGAUUGCAUAGCGUCAGCAGUACGUGUUGCUUGCUGACGCCACUGAAAAUCAACGGGUUCAGUCAAUCCAGUUUCAACGAUGAAUACAUGAAGCUCUUUCUUUUAUUUUGUUUGCUUCAAAAGCAGUUUUUGUAUUGUGAGUUUUUAUAACCAAUUUUUAGUUAGAUCCCUCAAAUGAGAUUAGAAGUUGACAACGGUCUCGUGAGAGACUCGAGGUGGUUAAAAUUUAUAUCAGCCGCUUGAUAGCGAGCGGAGAUGUCUAGCAAGCGAUUAUAAUUGCUUGAUGUUCAUAAUACAGUAGAACCCAGCUUCCAUCAACUCAUUGUUACGGCGACUUUAGUUUGGCCUAAACAAAAGCUCAGUUAGUCGUUUUCGCGUCAAGAACCGCUUUUAUACGACGUUAUUUUGGUGGCGUGUUUGAAGUCGCAUAAAUGGGAUCGUAGCAUUUGGGAAAAAAUAGUCAAUAGUUCUCUCAGAGAUAUUGGAAGUAGUGGUCCUUGCUUGCUUUCCUUCGUAUUUCUUCGCUUGCUAUAUAUAGUACUUAGUUUUAGAAUGAAAAUUACAGUUUUAAUCCACUGGAAAAUAUAUAGACUACUAGUAGUACUUCUUUCGCUUAGUCCGUCCUGCGUGACGCGAAAGAAAACCGCGAGAAAAAAAUGGCCGACCCCAGGAGUCGCGAGGCCAUUUCUUCUUCACAGUUUAUUUACGGUCACGUUCGAUGGACUAUUAAAGCGAACGAGGGACUACUCGUAGUCAAGAAAAAUAUAAAGAAUAUCUUGUUUUAUAUAGAUCUAGUUAUCUGUACAAAAUGAUUAAAAUUCAGACGUAAUUACUGCUUAUUUAUAUUAUAUACAUGUAAGGGUACAUUUGUGCUCUCUCUUGGGUUCUUGCAUUGUGCUGGACGAGCGUUUUAAUGGCGUGGGAUUCCGAACUGGUGAACAUUUUUACUUAUUGUGAUGGAAUGUUGUCUUGUUUCACGCAGAAUAGAGCAUUUUAUCUUGAGUGUCGACAAUGUUUCGAUUUUUCUUUGGUUUUGCACUGCUACGCUAACUCGCGCCACUUUGUCACUCAGAUAAAACCAAAACCAAUCUUGUUUCGCUCGCACACUUUUUCCCGCGCGAUGCGUCGGCAACACGUAUUUGCUCUGAGUUUUGAUGGGUUCAUUGGAUUGUCUGUGGCCUUUUUGAUUGGCUAGAAUGAUUACUAUGGUUUUGGUUUUACGACACUCAAUUGAAAACCGCUCUAACACGUAUUCAAUUGUAGGUUUUAAUUACGUUCAACAAGUAAAGUGAACGUUUGCGAAAAUCAGUCGGAUAUUUGAUUUUACAUUUUUAGACCAAUUAUGAUAAUGAAAUUAUCAACAUGACUUGUACAGCGUUUCCUGAGGGAUGUGUGUGUGGGCAAGUAGAGAAUCGAAUUUAAUUUAUGUCACAUUGUUAGUAACCAAAGGUACAUUUAUAUGUGGAGUGUUAUACAUUAAAGUUCUUCCAUGUAAGAAUUCA